GGAUCUCUAAUUCUCUUAGCGAGUCCGGACCGGUCGCCUCCAACUCGGAAGGGCUUCGGCGGUUGGGGCGGCCAGGCACGCAGGCGGCGGGCGGGAUGAGCGCGGCGCGUGGCGGAGCGGUGCGGACGCUGCGGGUGACCGGCCGCCACGGCUAUGCAGCCGAGUUUUCCCCGUACUUGCCGGGCCGCCUGGCCUGCGCCACCGCGCAGCACUACGGCAUCGCGGGCUGUGGAACCCUGCUAAUACUGGAUCAAAAUGAAUCUGGGCUUAGGCUUUUCAGAAGCUUUGACUGGAACGAUGGUUUGUUUGACGUGACCUGGAGUGAGAAUAAUGAGCAUAUCCUGGUCACCUGUAGUGGUGAUGGCUCGUUACAGCUCUGGGACACUGCCAGAGCCACAGGGCCACUGCAGGUCUACAAGGAACACACUCAGGAGGUGUACAGUGUUGAUUGGAGUCAAACCAGAUGUGAACAGCUUGUGGUGUCUGGCUCGUGGGAUCAAACUAUCAAACUGUGGGAUCCAACUGUUGGAAAGUCUCUGUGCACCUUUAGAGGCCAUGAAAGUGUCAUUUAUAGCACAAUCUGGUCGCCCCACAUCCCUGGUUGCUUUGCUUCAGCCUCAGGUGAUCAGACUUUGAGAAUUUGGGAUGUGAAGACAACAGGAGUCAGAACUGUGGUUCCAGCACAUCAGGCAGAAAUUCUGAGUUGUGACUGGUGUAAAUACAAUGAGAAUUUGCUGGUGACAGGGGCAGUUGAUUGUAGUUUGAGAGGCUGGGACUUGAGGAAUGUACGACAACCAGUAUUUGAACUUCUUGGUCACACCUAUGCUAUUAGGAGAGUGAAAUUUUCACCAUUUCAUGCUUCCGUGUUGGCCUCUUGCUCCUAUGAUUUUACUGUAAGAUUCUGGAACUUUUCAAAACCUGACCCUCUUCUUGAAACAGUGGAACAUCAUACAGAAUUUACUUGUGGUUUAGAUUUAAGUCUUCAGAGUCCUACUCAGGUGGCUGACUGUGCUUGGGAUGAAACAAUAAAGAUAUAUGAUCCUAUUUGUCUUACCAUGCCUGCUUGAGAUAAACUACUCAGAAACAAAGGAUAUGACUGAAGAACUGCUUAGCAGGAAAUAAAUGAUUGAUAACAUAGAGUUUAUGUUUUUAUAUACUAUUCAGAUUGAAAAUUGAAAAAUGUAUUCUGGAAUCAGUUUUGAGGAAGCUGAUAAAGACUUUGGCUCACUAUUUAAGCUUCUGGUACAUGAGCCAUAUUUCUUAAAAUCCUAAGGAAUAUUGAAGUUAUGAUAUAUCUUAUAGUAUCUAUUAAAAUAUAACCUUUCUAGUAUAAAAUGGAUUAAAAUAUGAGAGAUCUAUAGAUUAUAUUGAUAUAUUUCAUUUUUAAUUUGCCAUUUUUGAUGAAAAUAUCACUGCUGUUGAUAAAAAUCUCAAUAAACUGCAUCCCUUGAUCAUUUAUGAUUUUAUGACACCCCCAACAAGGUUACUUUUUCUAAUAUAGUAUAUAUAUAUAUAACACUAUAUAAUAUAGAUAUACCUAUGGUUCAGUAACAGGGCUCUAAUAAUCACUGAUUUAUUCAGCAGUUAUUUAUUGAGCGUCUACUGUGUGCUUGAUACAUGGAAUGAAUGAGAUUCUUUCAAGGACUGGUGUCUGUCAUGCUUUAAGAACAUGGAUGCAGAGAGUUAAGAGCUUACAUGUAUUUUACAUUUAUUCAAAUAUUUUUAGAUAUUAUACCCAUGACCCUAUGUCUCUCUUCCUAUUUCUCUACAAUCAGAUUUUUAAAAAACUGGUCACUGGGCAAAAAGUCUUAGGUCCCACCAAGGUUUCAAGCAAUUACCCUUGAAACUAAGUAAUGAAAGCCCUAAGUAAUCCUGUAAACCCUCCUUACUACCUCCCUAAGUCUUGAAAAACCUUUAGGUGUGACGACCUAUAAAGAAUUAGGUUAAAAGGGAAAAAUUAGUGGAAUAGACAACUUUGCAUAACACUUAUGUUUUUAUAUAAUGUUAAAAUAAAACGUUAUAAAUGGCGAAAAUUGUCAUUAAAUUUUUAACAAGUUUUUGAGAUUUUUUUAAAGAGCAAAAUAUACUUGUAGUAAUCAGAACAAAGAUAAAUGUAAAUGUAUGUAUAUUGUCUAAUUUACAUACUUCCCUGUUUACUUGUUACAGAAAAAAAAGUAAGCUUACAAAACACAAAAACAAGCCCACAGGAACAAAAGGAGACAUAAAGUGGAGCCAGGAGUGGGCUUGAAAAUAUAUGCCUUAAAGUCCCAGAAAGUUGCCACUGGCAGCAUAAAUGGGAAGUCUGGUCAAGUACACAAUGCUGCCCAAGGCCUGAGGGCAAGGACUUCGUCCUAGUCCCUGGCUUGGCCCUAGCACCAUGCCUGGCACGUAGAAAGUGCUCAGUGCAUAUUUGUCAAAUGAAUGAAUGGUCUCACAGAAAGUAUAACUCUUUUCAGUUCUUAGACCAAUCAGUGCUAAUUGUUUUUGAGAGGCCCCCAUAGAGAGGACACUGCUUCACAUGAAUGUCUUGUAAGGAACAAGGUGCUCAAACACAUCCUUCGAUGGGUCACGAUGAUUAGGUUGGUUCGUAGAGCUGCUCUGUGUUGCAUGCAGUUCAAUAAAAGUGGGUUCACAGUGAAUGUUCUCUGUAUCGGCAGAAUUUAUAAUAGACCUUUUUAAAUACCUAACCCAGAUCAUAUUUACAGUGAAAUGAAAUUACUUAUUUUUCUUUUAGAAUGCAAGAGAUUUUAUUAAAAUAAUCUACCAUGUAUCAUUUGAAACAAAUACUUGUGAUUUAAAAACUAAUAUCUCUCUUGAUUUAUUUCCCCUCUAUUUCAGGGAGGUUAGAGAUGUUUAGAACCCUAACUUCAUAAUACUUAACUCAGGUGCUUGGAGUCUCUCAAUCUGAAGGAGGGUGGGUGAACAUUUCUUCAGUGAGUUCCCUGAGCUAGGAUUGGCAAACUAGAGGAAAAGGAGCUGGAUUGUGUCCUGAAAGGGAAUGCACAUGAUUUUGGAAUUCUUGGUAAUUCACAAGCCGAGCAGCCUCUGGAUUUUAGAGGACAACCAGUCAUUCUUCUAGUUGGGAAAAUUAGAAUUUGUCUCCUGGCAACUGAGUUCUUGGGUUUCAUCCUGCCUGCCUCCCCAAGUUCCUCCUGCACCUGCAGUGACAGCACAGCACUGAGGAGUGGAUGCAGGAAAGGGGAACUCAGGUCACUGAGCAUCUUCUGUGAUCUGGGCAUUACAUGAGAUGCUUUCUGUAUCUAAUCCCCUUUAAUCUUUAUAACGUCCCUGCAAGGAAGCCCUCCCAUUUUCCAGACAAGGAAACGAAGGCUCUCGGGAGUCAUAGCGGAAAUGUGGAGCUGGAAUUUGAAAUCUGCUAUGACUGGGUCUGGUCCUGCCAUGUGGCCACCUUUUCCUAGGAAUAACAGAAGUUGGCCCACUGAGAAAUAGUAAAGCUGUGGGACACGCUGGUGACUAGAUCCUGAUCAUUCCUGAGAAAACUGGCAAAAUUGUGUUUCCAAAUCUAAAGCGCUAAGAAGCUGACCCUGGGUCUGGGGUGACCCUAAAGUAUAUCAACCCCAGGGAGACCCAGGCUGAGAGCCAGCCAUCCCUUCUGCCUUUGGCAGUGAGUGUUCUCUGCAUAUCUUAGCUAUAAUUUGACUCUUCCAGCAAUGAACUCAUUAAUUUCUUACUUAACUGGCCUCUUCUUGAAAGAGAUAAUCCACUUACGUGUUUUUGACUUCCAUACUGACUACUCCCAAAUCUCCUGCCUUCCCCACUUGGGUCUCCCUCAGCCUUUGCACUCAUUUUCUUUCAACCAAAUUCAUCUUGCUCACCAAAUGGGCUCCUCCUGCACAUGCUUUUUUCAUUUGUUAUCAAUACUGUCUACCCAGGCUCUCAAGCUAAAGACCUAAAUGCCAUCCUUGUUCCUUUCCUUAUUCCCACCUUUCCAGUCGAAGGCACAUCAAAUAGGUCACUAAGUCCUAUCCCUCUCACACCCUAAAUACUUCUCCAUUCUGUCUCUUCCCCUCAAUCCAAACACCACUGCCCUAGUUCAAGCCGUCAUUAGCUUUUCUCUGGAUGAUCACAACAGCUUCCUAAAUGAUGUGUCUGUUUCAAGUUCUGUACCCUUGGAGUCAUCCUCUUCAACACAGCUGCCGGAGGCUGAUCUGAAAUGCAAUCUGACUACAUCAAUUUCAGUGUAAACCUUUUCUCUGCUUAUAAGAUUGUCUACGGGAAAAAGUUCAAGCUUACUAACCAGGCGGCCAAAGUCCUCUGGGGCUAGCCCUUGCCACUCUCUGCAGCGUGGCUUCUCUCCACAUUGUCACGAACUUUGUGCUCCAGCAGCACCAGUGUGCUCACUAACUCCUUGUGUAAAUAAUGCAGGUUUUCAUUUCUAUCUUAGCUUAAGGUAGUCCAGGUGCCUGCAUUACCCUGCUCUUGGCUUGGCAAAUUCUUACCCAUCAUUUAUUUGAAAGUCAUGUGAAAUGACUAAAGAAAAAGUUUGACAACACACAAAAAUUAAAAUAGCAAAACACACUCUUAGCAAAGCUAAAAGAAGACAUAUUGGAAGGAUAUAUUUGCAACAUAUGUAACAAAUGAUUUAAUAUCCAGAAUUUAUAAAGAGCUCUUAAAAAUCACUAAGAAGACAACCAAACAUAAAAGCAACAAAGGAUAUCAAUAGGAAAACAAGUGUUUAAUAUACUGCAAAAGGAUACUUAGUUGAACUUUGUCUCAUUGAUGACAAAGACUUCUUUUGCUUAUUAGUUUGGCAGACAUUUAAAAUAUUGAUACUAUCCAAUAUCGGUUAAAGCGAAAGUACCGUUAUACACCUUCUUGGAAGGCAGUUUGGCAACGAAGGUUUUAAAUUAGCCAUUGACCCAGCAGUUUCAGGUCUAGGAUUCCCUGCCUGUACCCACCAAAUCCUUACAGAAGUAUCUAAGAACAAAUUUCCAAGGGUAAUCAUUACAUCAGUGUUUGGUAAAACCUAGACGCCUGUCUGGAGAAGAAAGAUUAUAUGACAGAACAGUCAUUUAAAGAAUAAGGUAGAACUGUGUGUGCUGACAUGGAAAAACAGAUUGUUAUUGAUAUGUGUGUUAUCUGUUUCUGUGUAACAAAUCACCCCAAAACUUAGCAGCUUAAAGCAACAAACAUUUAUUUAUCUUACAGUUUCUAGAGGUUUGGAAUCCAGGAGUAGUUUAGCUGCAUUGUUUUCGCUUAGGCUUAGGUUUUCUCAUGACAUUGCAGUUAAGCCCGUCACCUAGGUCUGCAGACAUCUGAAGCUCAACUGGGGCCGAAGGGUCAGCUUCCAAAGUCACUUACGUGAUUGUUAGCUGGCCUCAGAUGCUCACUGUAGAACCCUGCACUGGCUGGCUGAGUGUCCCUACGACAUGGCAUCUGGCUUUCCUCCAGACUGGAUGAUACAAGAGAAAGAGAAAAUUCAAGAUGGAAGCCUCGGUCUUCUGCACACUAAUCUCAGGAGUAAUGCCAUCACCUCUGCUGCAUUCUACUGGGCACUCAGACUGACUGUUGUACAAUGUGGGCGGGGUUAACAGGAGUGUGAAUAUGAGGAAGCCAGCCAUCUCUGGGGUCUGUCUUGGAGGCUGGUUACCACAAUAUGCUUUUAUAGACAAAUGUGUAUGAUAUCCUAAUUUUAUUUUUUUUAAAGGGAGAAUUAUGUAUGUAUACAUAUGUGCACAAGAAAAACUGAAAGGUUCAUGCCAAACUCUCAACAGUAGCCAGCUCCAUGUAGUGGGACUGGGGGUGGGGAAUACUGAAGACAGCAUGUUCACUUAUUACUUACAAAGUUUGUUUUCCUUUUAUGUACUAUAAUGAGCAUGUAUUACUUUUACAAUUAAAAUAAUGAAAUAAGACCGUAUUUCCUUCUCCAGGAAGCCUUCUAGGACACACUUCUCAAGCCGAUGCUAUUGCCCUCCUCAGCACUCUCCUUUCUGCCACAGGCCCCCACUGUUGCAUGAGUGUCAUUGUGUUGCCUCACCUCCCUCUGUGUAUCCCUGAGGACUAAGAUGAGUGCUCAUCUUUGAAUCCUCUGUGGCUAACAGACUGCCUGGUACAAAAUACUAGCUCUGUAUAUGUUUGUUGAAUGAAUGAGCUAAAGGAUUUAUUUAAUGCCAUCAGAAUUUAUUGUGUAGCUCCAAAGGUAAUGGAGGUUGAGUCUUGACCCUUGAUACCAGUAGGUCAAAUAGCUUUUUGACCUUCAGAUCUACAUUCAUGUUCAAUUAACCUUGCUAAACAUAGUAUUCUUUUUUUUUUCUUUUUGUUAUAUUUGGUUCUCUAUAUCAGAUUUGUUAUCAAUUGUUUGGUUAAUGUAAUCUGAUAUCUAUUUAUAUAUGCUUAUAUAUUUUGAAGGCCUGAAAAACUGUCAUAGUCCCAUGAAAUUAAAGAAAAUAGUUACUGAAUGAAACCCUCUCCUCAUUUUCUCCCAAAUACAAGCCUGUAGUGGACAAUUAAUACUUUUUUAAAAAUAUUUUUAAGCCAUUUAGAGUUGGGUUUUUUUUAACACACAUAGUAUUCUUACUUUUCCCAUUUUUCCUUAGAAGAUUUCCCAUUUUUCUUUUAGGAGAUUAUCUAGUAACUGGUGUGGGAGAUGGUAUUAAAUUUUUUUUAAAUGAAAGCCCUAAUGGAAAAAAUUAUAUGCAGUAAAAUGGAGAAAAUGUACUGUUUCAUGCCAAUGUAGGUUUCAAACAUUAAGCUAAAUAUUCUUGCCUAAAUGAGAAGGGUAAGAGAGCUGAAUCAGCCCCAAAUCUUUUACCUAAUGUUAGUAUCACAAAUGGAAGCAAUUAUAAUUG